AUGAAUAAGAAAUUUGAUGAGCAGUUCGCAAAGUUCUUGAAAGUCUUCAAGAAAAUCCACGUCAACAUUCCUUUUGCAGAUGCUUUGGCCCAAAUGUGUAACUAUGCUAAGUUCUUAGAGGAAGUUAUGUCAAAGAAGAGAAAGUUGGAUGAGUUUGAGAUGGUUAAGCUGACAGAAGAAUGUGACCUUGGAGCUAGCAUUAACUUGAUGCCCCUAUCAGUGUUCGAAAAUUUGGGUCUUGGAGAAAUGAAGCCCACAACCCUCAAGGGCAUUAUUGAAGAUGUAUUGGUGAAGGUCGAUAAAUUCAUCUUUUCGGUUGACUUUGUGGUGUUGGAUAUGGAGGAGGAUGAGAAAGUACCAUCGAUUCUUGGUAGACCCUUUUUCACUACUGAAAGAGCGUUGAUUGAAGUACAAGAAGGGAAGUUGACACUUCGGGUUAAUGAGGAACAGGUCGUGUUCCGCAAACAUCAACAAGAAAAAUCCUCAGAAAAAGUUAACACCUGCUAUAUGGUCUAA